GAGCUCUCCUUUGAGUGUUCCAUCUCUCUGCUCGCUCUGCUUCUCUCUUCUGCAAUCUCUCUGUGAGCUUCAGGCUUAGCUCUACUUAGAGGUUGAAGAAGGAAACUAAUUUGGAAGGAAAUUCUGCAGCUUUUUUGGAUUUGGGUUCUCUCUCCUAGUUGGGUUUCUAUAGAGACUGUAGAGUAAUUACAAAGUUCAUGACAAUGGAUCGUCGUCUUAGGGCUUUCUCUGAUUCUUUCAAUGGAGUCCAAUUAGGGAACCGAGUUUUACCCAUUCUUUCACAUCCGAACAUCGUGGCCCAAUCCCAAUUCGAUAGUAAUACCUUCUUAGAUAAUAAUUAUAGGGAACUUAAUUACCCUCAACCCGUUCUUACCCCGAAUAAUGUAUCUUCAUACGCAAGUGUGAGCCCUGAGGACGAUUCUCAGGAAGAUUGUGACUUUUCGGAUGUAGUCUUGAAGUACAUAAACCAGAUGCUUAUGGAAGAAGACAUGGAGGACAAGACUUGCAUGCUUCAAGAGUCUUUGGAACUUCAAGCGGCUGAGAAGUCAUUCUAUGAGGUCCUUGGAAAGAAAUAUCCCCCUUCUCCAGAGCUACACCAGGAUUAUGCCAUUCAAUAUGGUGAGAGCCCAGGGGAUAGUUUUUCUGGAACUGGGAGCAACUAUAUCACGAGUACUUGUAACAGUGGUGGCUAUUUCAGUGACAAUACCUUGAUUCAAAGUCCAGAUGGAUAUUUGUCUCAGUUAAAGGGUCUUCCAGCUUAUAGCAUUUCUCAAUCACGUUAUGGCUCUUCAACUAGGGUCAGUAGCCUGGAUGGGCAGGUGGACUCUCCUAGUAGUCUUCAUAUGCCAGAUUUGAAUACCGAGAGCCAAUCUGUUUGGCAGUUCAAGAAGGGAGUUGAGGAGGCUAGUAGAUUUCUUCCUGGUGAGACUAAGUUGGUUGUUAACCUGGAGGCAAAUGGGCUGUCGGCUCAAGUGCCAAAGGUCGGGACCAAUGGUGAAGUUGUCAAGGUGGAGAAAAAGGAUGAAGGAGAAUAUUCUCCUAGUGGAUCAAGGGGAAGGAAGAAUCUGUAUAGGGAGGAUGACGAUGUAGAGGAAUCAAGGAGUAGCAAGCAAGCAGCUGUUUCUACAGAAUCUACUCUGCGGUCGGAGCUGUUCGAUACUGUAUUGCUUUGUAGCACAGGGGAGGGUCGGGAGCGCUUGGAAUCUCUUCGCGAGGCCUUGCAGAAUGGAAUGAGCAAAAGCGUGCCACAGAAUGGGCAAUCCAAAGGAUCAAAUGGAGGGAAAGGUCGUGGUAAGAAACAAACUGGUAAAAAGGAGGUGGUGGAUUUGAGAACCCUCUUAAUCAGUUGUGCACAAGCAGUUGCAGCUGAUGAUCAUAGAAGCGCAAAUGAACUGCUAAAAAAGGUCAGACAGCAUUCUUCUCCUUUUGGAGAUGGGACUCAGAGACUUGCUCAUUGCCUUGCUGAUGGCCUUGAGGCACGCUUGGCUGGUACUGGUAGCCAGAUUUAUAAAGCCCUUGUUAGCAAAAGAACCUCUGCUGCUGAUUUCUUGAAAGCUCACCAUCUAUACCUUGCUGCAUCCCCAUUUAAGAAGAUAUCUAAUUUUGUUUCAAACAAGACAAUAAUGAAUCUAGCACAAAAUGCGACAAGGGUCCAUGUCAUAGAUUUCGGUAUCCUUUAUGGUUUCCAAUGGCCCACCCUUAUUCAACGUAUCUCCUGGAGGGAUGGUGGACCUCCAAGGCUUCGGAUUACUGGAAUCGAAUUUCCCCAACCAGGAUUUCGGCCAGCUGAGCGAGUUGAGGAAACAGGACGUCGUUUGGCAGCUUAUGCUGAGAAGUUCAACGUGCCAUUUGAGUACAAUGCUAUUGCAAAGAACUGGGAUACCAUUAAACUUGAAGAACUCAAGAUUGACAGGGAUGAGGUUCUUGUUGUGAACUUUUUAUAUCGGGGCAAGAACUUGCUUGAUGAAAGUGUGGCUGUGGACAGUCCAAGAAACAGGGUUCUUGAUUUGAUAAGGAGAAUUAAUCCAGACCUUUUCAUCCAUGGAAUUGUUAACGGGGCGUUCAAUGCCCCCUUCUUUGUUACCAGGUUCCGCGAGGCAUUGUUUCAUUUUUCUUCACUGUUUGAUAUGCUUGAAACUGUUGUACCCCGAGAGGACCAGGAGAGGAUGUUAAUUGAGACAGAGAUCUUUGGCAGGGAGGCAUUAAAUGUUAUAGCUUGUGAAGGAUGGGAGCGGGUGGAAAGGCCAGAAACAUACAAACAAUGGCAAGUCCGUAACUUGAGGGCUGGGUUUGUGCAGCUACCUUUAGACCGAGGGCUUGUGAAGAGGGCAGGUGAGAAAGUGAGAUCUGGUUACCACAAGGAUUUUGUCAUUGAUGAAGAUAGUCGCUGGCUGUUGCAGGGAUGGAAGGGACGAACUGUCUAUGCCCUUUCUACUUGGAAACCUGCUUAAGAAACUUUGAAAGGCACAGUUAUUAGUGCUUGUAAUCUGCUUCUUAGCCCUUCGGCUUUCAACAAAGAUACUGGAGCGAUUCAAGGUAAAGGGGGUAGCUGACUUUCACUGUUGAUGGUUAAUUAUGGCAAGGUAAAAGUUUGUCACCAUGUUCACAAUCCUUGUUCAAUUUAAGAAGCAGAACAGAAAACUGUGCAGUUUGAUACCAGUUGUGUUUCUCUCUCUCUCUCUCUCUCUCUCUCUCUCUCUCUCUCUCUCUAACACAAUUGUACCAUUCGUUGUGAUUGGGAUUUCCCUUGUUUAUUAGCUUAUGUGGCUUUUUAAAAACAAUCUUACCCACUUCCUUAAAAGAUUUAAACUUUUCUGAAAUACCAUAUUCUUU